AUGGCUUCACCCUACCAAGAGCUGCAAGCCUUCCGACGCGCCCACCAUGCGAACCUACAUCCACCACCAGACAAACCUCACCCCUCAAAAACGAUGGACGCCUCAGGAUCCAGCUCACCACCUCCAUCCGCACCACACGACGCUCCAUCCGUCCGCGCGGGGCCAAAGCCAUGCGAGCAGUGCCAGCAGACGGCGUCGCGAUACACCUGUCCGGGGUGCGGAGUCCGGACGUGUUCGUUAGGGUGCUCGAGCGACCACAAGACGGCCACGAAAUGCUCGGGCAAACGCAACCGGGUCGAGUUCGUCCAGCUCAACCAAUACUCGUGGGGACGACUCAUGCAGGAUUACUCGUACCUCGAGGAAAUCCAUCGCCAUCUCGCCCACCCCCGGCUCGCCCAAGACCCCGCCGCUCCCCCCUCCGUCGCCGCCUCCUCUAUCGCCCCCCUGCUUCCCUCCCGAAACUCCAACGCUAGACGCGAGUUCCUCGUCCGCAAGGCCGCACUCGAAGGCGUCCGACUCACUUUGAUGCCUGAUGGGAUGUCAAGACGCAAGCUCAACAUGACCCAUUACAAUCAAAAGAAGAAAUGCAUGCAAUGGACCGUAGAGCUCGUUUUCCGGAGCGGAGAACCGGACAAGAGCGGCGAGGCACAAGCCGCCACAAGGCACGGUCCGGCGUCCGAAACCCAUCCCCACGCCAGCCAUCUGGUGCACCAAAUCUGCUCGGACACGGCGCUGAUUGAGCUCCUGAAACGGACGCUGAAGCUGAAGAAACUGAAGAUGACUCAGGAGAGACGGCGGCACCUUGUAGCCCUGGUGGAGCCGGAGCACGACCCGGCGCCGGCCGCGACGGCAGAAGAGAGCGUGGUAUUUGUGACGAGGCUCGGGCGUGCUGGUGGGCCAGAAGGGCCGGCGAGCGAGCCCGCAGAAGUCUAUGUGCUGGAGAGCAUGAUGACGGUGUGUGGGGCGUUGGGCGGGACGAGUGUGGUGGAGUGGCCGCAGUUCGAGGUGUGGACGGCCCCCGACUGGGCCGCCGAGAUGAGCGCCGGCCGCGUCCGCAUCAGACCCCGCACCGGCGACGCUCCGCCCUCCCUCCAUGCCCAAGCCCUCGACACCCAAGCCUCGUCUGCCCUCCCCCUCGAUCAACAGACCUCGCCGCACCUCCUGGCCUCGUUGCUCCAAUACUCGAGCAGCGAUGACGACAGCGAUUGA